AUGAACGACGAGACAGCAUCGGACAGCUGGAAGAGAAACUCCGGGUGCUCCAGUAUUGAGCAAAUGCUGGCUGUGAAUCCCGGAAAGACGCCCAUCAGUCUGCUGCAGGAGUAUGGAACGCGGAUAGGCAAAACCCCAGUGUAUGACCUGCUGAAGGCCGAGGGACAGGCCCACCAGCCCAACUUCACAUUCCGCGUCUCCGUCGGAGAGAUCAGCUGCACCGGCCAAGGGCCCAGCAAGAAGGCAGCCAAGCACAAAGCAGCUGAGGCUGCUCUGAAGAUGCUCAAAGGAAGCCUGGGAGGUCCAGCUGCAGUCACUGUUGGAGUGGACGGAUCUAUCGGGGCUGACACGUCAACGGAUGGAGACUGCUCACCAUCAGAGAUGAAGACAUCCAGCAGUUCUCAGCAGUCUGAAUGUAACCCCGUAGGGGCACUUCAGGAAUUAGUGGUGCAGAAAGGAUGGCGUUUGCCAGAGUACACAGUCACGCAGGAGUCUGGUCCAGCACACCGCAAAGAGUUCACCAUGACCUGCAGAGUGGAAAGAUUUGUGGAAAUUGGAAGUGGCACAUCAAAGAAGCUGGCCAAGAGGAACGCGGCUGCUAAGAUGCUGUCACGUAUACAUGAUGUACCAGUGGACCUGAGGAGCAGCCAUGAGGCUGACACUGAAGAUGACACGUUUAACAUGCACAUCGGGAGCAGAGUUGAAUCAGGCAAAAGUAAAGGCUUUAGCUGCACAUGGGACUCCCUGCGUAACUCGGCUGGGGAGAAGAUUCUCCAGCUCCGCAGCCAUCCUCUCGGUAUGCCCUCUGACUCCAACUUCUGCUCUUUGCUGAGUGACCUGUCUGUGGAGCAGCGCUUUGAUGUCAGUUACCUUGAUUUAGAAGAGCGCAGUCUCAGCGGGCUUUGUCAGUGUCUGGUUGAACUGUCCACACAGCCAAUCACUGUGUGCCACGGCUUUGCUCCAAACGUGGACGCUGCCCGGGCCAGUGCUGCUCACAAUGCACUGCAGUACCUCAAAAUCAUGGCAGGAGGGAAAUGA